AAACGGCACCGCCACUCUCCAUCUAUUCCUCACGAGCGAUUGCGGCGGCGGAAGUAAGAGGCGAUGGGGCACUCCAACGUGUGGAACUCGCACCCCAAGAACUACGGGCCCGGAUCCCGCGUCUGCCGGGUCUGUGCGAACCCUCAUGGACUGAUCAGGAAGUACGGGCUGAUGUGCUGCAGGCAGUGCUUCCGCAGCAACGCCAAGGACAUUGGCUUCAUCAAGUACCGCUGAAGUCAGCUGGGCGGGCUAUCUGAAUGCCAUCUCUUGGACAGUGUAGUAGAGGCGAUGCCACAAUUUUAAUUACUGUCAUUUAGAUGUUCCCUUCAGAACUCUGCUAUUUAAGUCCGCCAUGUUUGUGAUGGAGAACUGAAGCUUUGUUUGUUAUACUGAUUAUGAGUUACCUGUGCUUUGCCUAA